GGGAUUACAACCUACCACGAAAAAAAAAAAACACACGAAGAAGAAGCAGCCGAGGAAGUGUCGCUGCCUGACGUGACAACCGGAGCUCCGUGUGUACUCCCUGUCAUCUCUCACCCUGACGAUGGUGCUGAGGGAGGUUCCAGUUGAGAACAUCGCCCGUCCUCUGGGCAGAAACGAGGUCAUCGGCCUGCUCUUCCGUCUCACCAUCUUCGGAGCCGUCACCUACUUCACCAUCAAGUGGAUGGUGGACGCCAUCGACCCGACCCGAAAGCAGAAGGUGGAGGCUCAGAAACAGGCGGAGAAGCUGAUGCGUCAGAUCGGUGUUAAAAAUGUGAAGCUGUCAGAGUAUGAGAUGAGCAUCGCAGCUCACCUGGUCGACCCACUCAGCAUGCAGAUCACGUGGAGGGACAUUGCCGGUCUGGACGAGGUCAUCACAGAGUUAAAGGAGACCGUUAUCUUACCUGUUCAGAAGAGACACCUGUUCCAGGGAUCCAGACUGCUGCAGCCUCCUAAAGGCGUGCUGCUGUACGGGCCCCCGGGCUGCGGUAAAACGCUGAUCGCCAAGGCGACGGCCAAGGAGGCGGGGUUCCGAUUCAUCAACCUGCAGCCGAGCACGCUGACGGACAAAUGGUACGGGGAGUCUCAGAAACUGGCCGCUGCCGUCUUCUCAUUGGCCGUCAAACUGCAGCCGUCAAUCAUCUUUGUCGACGAGAUCGACUCGUUCCUGAGGAGUCGAUCGAGCUCGGAUCACGAGGCCACGGCCAUGAUGAAGGCUCAGUUCAUGAGUCUGUGGGACGGACUCGAUACUGACUACCACUGUCAGGUGAUCAUAAUGGGAGCCACUAACCGUCCUCAGGAUCUGGACUCUGCUAUCCUGAGAAGGAUGCCCACCAGGUUCCACAUCAACCAGCCUAGUAUGAAGCAGAGAGAGCAGAUCCUCAAACUCAUCCUGGAGAACGAGAGCGUCGACCUCUCAGUGGAUCUCGUUGACGUUGCCAAAGGAACAGAAGGCUUUUCAGGAAGUGACCUCAGAGAGAUGUGUCGUGACGCCGCGCUGCUCUGCGUCCGAGACUUUGUCAACACUCAGAGUGACAGUCCAUCAGAAGAUUUUAUCCGCCCAAUUCAUCAGUCCGACCUCCAGAAGGCGAUCUGUAAGAUGAAGAAAUCUAAAACAGCGGGCGGACAAGGAGCCCUGCUGCACGCUGCUCUGGACUGAACACACACACACUCACACACACACACGCACACUGAUCACAUGAGGACCUCAGACAGUGUGUACAUACUGACCUGCUGUCUCUACAUGUGUUUAAAUAUGUUCAACGUGUGCCACUGCUUUUUUUAUUAAUUAAAAUCGAGCGAUCAUGCUGCUAGGAAAAAAACGAAUUUGAAGUCACAGAAACCAUGAAUCAUAUUUGUGAGUCUACAAGUUAAAAACAAAGUUACGCUUCCUCCUGCUGUAAAUAAAACUCACAGUGACGGUUUUUUUAUUUUAAGGUUACAUCUUAACUAAUCUAUGCUCCAGCUGCUGCCGGGUUUAAUAACAUAUAGCUCUUUAGUCUCCUGAUAAUUUCAUUUAAAGUCUAAAGAAAGUUUUUACUUUUUAAGUUCUCUGUGAAUUAUUUCUCUGGUUUGAAUGAAAAACAUGAACCCUGAAUUUCCCCUCCCUCUAAAAAUAAAAUGAAAGCCCCUCCUUCGAUCAGAACUGUGACCAUUCAGUGACUGAGGAGCUGUAUCAAAGGACCAAUCAGAACCCAGAGAUCGCAAAACAUGAAUUAUAAUGUAGAUUGUUAUCGCGAUAAAUUACAAUUUUAAAUAACAUUUUAAAAUAAAGGUUUUUAGGCUUUUAUUGUGAAAGUUUGUGCUGUCUUACACUGUGUCCCCAACGGCACGCGAGCGUUAUAUAAAGCGCUGUGUCGUGCAUGUUUGUACGCUCGCUGUCCACACUGCGUCCGUUAAUUAUUUCGUUCUCUGCUCUGUGAAUCUCAGUUCCCCCUUGCAAACAUUUGUCACCAUGUGGUGCUUUUAUUUUGAAGGUGCACAAACUGAAGUGUGGUGCGAGCUCAUUACUCAGAUCCCAACACUCAUCAAUAAACGGCUUGCAGGGAGCUGAAUAAAGUUUCCUCCAAUGUUGACACAGGUCAUAGGUCAACAUUUCAAUCAUGGUGUGGAUAUUAUCAACGCUCCGUUAUCUCCACUUUGAGUGACGGGAGAGAGUGUCAGUUCCUUGUAGAGCGCCCUCCUUCCUCGACUUUUGUCCCGUCUAUGCGAGCGAGAGAGAUUACUUUGUUCUUGUCAGCUGAGCUGUCUGAGAGUUUGUUAAAGUGAAAUGAGACAUUCAAAGAUGCAGCAGUGUCCUUCUUUUACAUCACUGAGACUAAAGGGAGACACUGAGGACCACUAUCUACGGAGAGCCUGAAGGGACAAAAUAGCAUGACAUUAAUCAGGAUUAACUUUGUACAACUUUUUUCUUGAUUCUCGGUUUAUUAUUCAACAUUUUUACAGAGAGCUCUAUUUUAUCUUAGAAACGUCCAGAAGAUCUGAAAUUAUCAGGAUAUUACAGACUCAUAAACUGUUUUGUUUUCCUUUAAAUGUUUACUCUGUAAAAUAUACAAACAUGCAAGUAUGAAUCUAAACUCCAGAAAAUGGAGCCGAAACUGUCAGAAGGGGGAUUAUUCAUCGUUUUCAUGAAGUGUACUUUUAUUAUUAUUAUUAUUAUUAUUUUGUUUGGAUUUUGGGAUCCUGAUGUUUCAAUGAGUUUGAACUGAGCUGUGGUUCCUCGUUGAUAAUAGUUUACUUAUUGGUUUAUAAACUGUUUGAUUGUGAUGCCUUCAAACGUCAAAUUAAAGUUUUGGUAUAAAUUAUAAACUUGCCUGAUGAUUGGACAUCACAGCGUCAGUUUGAUGAACAUAAAUAAAAUCAGGAUCUUUUUUUUUUACAGUGUAGUUUUUGUUUCCUGUUGAGUUCUGGUGUAAAAACUGCUGGAUGAUGUAAUAAAAACAAAAUAUGAUGUUUAA